AUCACAGACCUGGAGCCAAAGAACAAGAUGCACUAGUGGAUAGAUUGCUGACCAGGGGCUUGAGAGCUGAUUUCUGUUUUCCCUCCUCAAACUGACUUUGCAGCCACGGGGAGUGCCAUUAAGUUGGAGGUGACAACCAAAGAUCCAGAUGAAGAGAGUUGCUUUAAGCAGUGAAACUUUGGGAUUGUCGAUGUGGACUGGAAAGGCCCCUCUGAAGAGACAAUUGAAAUGAAAAGGCUAGAGGCAACGCCUGUGGCUCAGAAGGGGAAAUGGAAGGUGAGGCGGUCGAAGCCAUUGUGGAGGAGUCCGAAACUUUUAUUAAAGGAAAGGAAAGAAAGACUUACCAGAGACGCCGGGAAGGGGGCCAGGAAGAAGAUACCUGCCACUUACCCCAGAACCAGACAGAUGGGGGUGAGGUGGUCCAGGAUGUCAACAGCAGUGUACAGAUGGUAAUGAUGGAACAGCUUGAUCCUACCCUUCUUCAGAUGAAGACUGAAGUAAUGGAGGGCACAGUGGCUCCAGAAGCAGAGGCUGCUGUGGACGAUACCCAGAUUAUAACCUUGCAGGUUGUAAAUAUGGAGGAACAGCCUAUAAAUUUAGGAGAGCUUCAACUUGUUCAAGUACCUGUUCCUGUGACUGUACCUGUUGCUACCACUUCAGUAGAAGAACUUCAGGGGGCUUAUGAGAAUGAAGUGUCUAAAGAGGGUCUUGCAGAAAGUGAACCCAUGAUAUGCCACACGUUACCCUUGCCUGAGGGGUUCCAAGUGGUGAAAGUGGGGGCCAAUGGAGAGGUGGAGACACUAGAACAAGGGGAACUUCCGCCUCAGGAAGAUCCUAGUUGGCAAAAAGACCCAGACUAUCAGCCACCAGCCAAAAAAACAAAGAAAACCAAAAAAAGCAAACUGCGUUACACAGAGGAGGGCAAAGAUGUGGAUGUAUCUGUCUAUGACUUUGAGGAAGAGCAGCAGGAGGGUCUGCUGUCAGAGGUUAAUGCAGAGAAAGUGGUUGGUAAUAUGAAGCCUCCAAAGCCAACAAAAAUUAAAAAGAAAGGUGUAAAGAAGACAUUCCAGUGUGAGCUCUGCAGUUACACAUGUCCACGGCGUUCAAAUUUGGAUCGACACAUGAAAAGCCACACUGAUGAGAGACCACACAAGUGCCAUCUCUGUGGCAGGGCGUUCAGAACAGUCACUCUGCUGAGGAAUCACCUUAACACCCAUACAGGUACUCGUCCUCACAAGUGCCCAGACUGCGACAUGGCCUUUGUGACUAGUGGAGAAUUGGUGCGGCAUCGGCGUUACAAACACACCCACGAGAAGCCAUUUAAGUGUUCCAUGUGCGAUUACGCCAGUGUAGAAGUCAGCAAAUUAAAACGUCACAUUCGCUCUCAUACUGGAGAGCGUCCGUUCCAGUGCAGUUUGUGUAGUUAUGCCAGCAGGGACACAUACAAGCUGAAAAGGCACAUGAGAACCCAUUCAGGGGAAAAACCUUACGAAUGUUAUAUUUGUCAUGCUCGGUUUACCCAGAGUGGUACCAUGAAGAUGCACAUUUUACAGAAGCACACAGAAAAUGUGGCCAAAUUUCACUGUCCCCACUGUGACACGGUCAUAGCCCGAAAAAGUGAUUUGGGUGUUCAUUUGCGAAAGCAGCAUUCCUACAUUGAGCAAGGCAAGAAAUGCCGUUACUGCGAUGCUGUGUUUCAUGAGCGCUAUGCCCUCAUCCAGCACCAGAAGUCACACAAGAACGAGAAGCGCUUUAAGUGUGACCAGUGUGAUUAUGCUUGUAGACAGGAGCGGCACAUGAUCAUGCAUAAGCGCACCCACACUGGGGAGAAGCCCUACGCCUGCAGCCACUGCGACAAGACCUUCCGCCAGAAGCAGCUCCUCGACAUGCACUUCAAACGCUACCAUGACCCUAACUUUGUCCCCGCAGCCUUUGUCUGUUCUAAGUGUGGGAAAACAUUUACACGUCGGAAUACCAUGGCAAGACAUGCUGAUAAUUGUGCUGGUCCAGAUGGUGUAGAAGGGGAAAAUGGAGGAGAAACUAAGAAGAGUAAACGUGGAAGAAAAAGAAAGAUGCGCUCUAAAAAAGAAGAUUCUUCUGAUAGUGAAAAUGCCGAGCCAGAUCUGGAUGACAAUGAAGAUGAGGAGGAGCCCGCCGUGGAAAUUGAACCCGAGCCAGAGCCCCAGCCUGUGACCCCAGCCCCACCCCCCGCCAAAAAGCGGAGAGGACGACCCCCUGGCAGAACCAACCAAUCCAAACAGAACCAGCCAACAGCCAUCAUUCAGGUUGAAGACCAGAAUACAGGUGCAAUUGAGAACAUUAUAGUUGAAGUCAAAAAAGAGCCAGAUGCUGAGCCAGCAGAGGGAGAGGAAGAGGAAGCCCAGCCAACCACCACAGAUGCCCCCAACGGAGACCUCACGCCCGAGAUGAUUCUCAGCAUGAUGGACCGGUGAUGGUGGGGCCUAGCGAGUUGCCAGGACUACUCUGGGCUGUGUUUCAACGGCCCACAUCUUAAUUUUUCUCCCUUCUUUCUUCUUUUGGCUUUGGGAAAGGCAUCGUUUUACAACCAUUUUACCAAACGUACUGAAAACGAAAACUUCAAGGAUGAUGUUAGAAAAAAUGUGAUUUAACUAGAACUUGCUGUCUGAUGUUAGCAAAUCAUGGAAUGUUCUGAGUCCCUGAGGGUUCACUUUGAAGUGCUGAGGACAGUGGCGAUGCCUCGCUAGUUUUCCUAGAUGGAGACAGACACUGACCCCUCUCUCUCAAUAUGGUAAACCACUCCAGGAUGGCCACCAGGUUUCCCAGAGUUCUAUGGUCUUCUUCCCAAGAGAGUUUUUAAUUGUAAAUGCAUAACUUGGGAAGGACUUAGACUUUUAAACUGUUUUUUGCUUUUGCUUUUCCCUGACUCCCUUUGCUUGGAGUCAGCUGCACACCAGUAGUAUGGCAUGCUACGAUCGGUUCCUGUCCUGAAAGCUUUGCCUCUUUCUUGGCAGAGUUUCUGGUAUGGUCAAGCUUGUAAAUAACUUUUUUUACAUUUUAAUCUUUUCCAUUAAUUAAGAGGUUGAAAGAAGUGCAGUGUAAGAAAACCCAGCAUUUUAAUUACUUGCAAAUUAAGUUACCACAGACUAGUGUGUGAAUGUUGACAAGGAAUUGGAUCACAAUCAUGUAGCAGAACAGUACCCAGACUGCUGCCUGCUAGUGACGGACACCCACAUGGAAGAUCGUGAUUUCCAGCCCAUGGAGCCAGCAUUUGAACCUUCUACAACUAAUUUCAGUUAUGAUUUCCCAUCGACAUUUUCUUUGCUGUUUGUAGCUGAAUGUUGUGUUUUAUAAAUCUUCUGUUAAAGCAGAAGGGUGAUUAUGAGUGGGUCACAGCAGCCCUUAUAAGCUGGGCCAGAAAAUUUCACUAGGUCAGUAAUUUAAACUUUGGAUCUUUAAAAAAAUAAUAAUAAUAAUGUGAAGCAAAACCAACUAAAAAGUGAUUCUUGCACAUGAACUAUCACAUGUUUAAAAUGUGUUUUUUAGAGAGCCUCAGUCUUACUGAUUUCAAAACACUUUUUUCUUCUGUGUAUUGCUUUUAAGAGAGCCAUCAGUUAGCUAUCAGACUCUAGGUUGAUGCAUUUUGUACUUAGCUGUACUGUGUGAUAUUUUUCAUUAUUUUAGGACGCCAACAUGAGACAUGUAAUAAAAUAUGUAAUGGGGUUGAAAGCUGGGGAGGAGGAUCUACUGCUGUACAGCUAAUAAAUCAUAACGGAUUAACAAGUGCU